CUUCACUCCUCCACUAGCCGCCACCAUCUCCUAUAAAUUGCGAGGAUGGAAACUGCAGAAGCUUUCAGAAGAAGAAGAAAAAGAAAAGCUCAGAAAUGGCAGAAAAGGUCGGCGAAGAGAAGAAGCAGCAUGAGACUCUUCCUCUUCUCACUCCUUACAAAAUGGGCAAUUUUCAAUUAUCCCACAGAAUUGUUCUGGCGCCCCUGACGAGGCAGAGGUCUUACAGAAACGUUCCUCAGCCGCACGCCAUUUUAUAUUACUCUCAGAGAACCACAAAUGGGGGGCUUCUGAUUGCAGAAGCCACUGGAGUUUCCGACACCGCCCAAGGAUAUCCGGAUACACCUGGUAUAUGGACAAAGGAGCAGGUUGAGGCUUGGAAGCCCAUUGUGGAUGCAGUGCAUGCUAAAGGCGGUAUCUUCUUCUGCCAGAUUUGGCAUUGUGGUAGAGUUUCAAAUUCAGGUUUUCAGCCGAACGGGCAGCAGCCUGUCUCCAGCACAGAUAAGGCAUUAACUCCCCAAGUACGAUCCAAUGGCAUUGAUGUUGCUCCAUUUACACCUCCACGCCGUUUAAGGACUGACGAGAUCCCUCAGAUCAUCAAUGAUUUCAGGCUUGCUGCAAGAAAUGCUAUCGAAGCCGGUUUUGAUGGAGUGGAGAUCCACGGGGCUCACGGGUAUCUGAUCGACCAGUUCCUGAAAGACCAAGUGAACGACCGGACCGACCAAUACGGGGGAUCUCUGGAGAACCGGUGCAGGUUGGCUUUGGAGAUAGUCGAAGCCGUGAGCAACGAGAUCGGAGCUGACAAGGUAGGAAUAAGGCUCUCCCCCUUUGCUGACUACAUGGAGAGUGGGGACUCUAACCCCAAGGCCUUGGGACUCUACUUGGCUGAAUCAUUGAACAAGUUUGGGGUUCUCUACUGCCACAUGGUUGAGCCAAGAAUGAAAACCGUGGGGGAGAAGUCGCCCGAAUGCCCCCACAGUCUUUUGCCAAUGAGAGAUGCCUUCAAUGGGACUUUCAUGGUCGCCGGAGGGUAUGAUAGGGAAGAUGGGGCCAAUGCCAUUGCCGAAAACCGGGCUGAUCUUGUGGCUUAUGGUCGCUGGUUCUUGGCGAAUCCAGAUUUGCCCAAGAGGUUCGAGAUCAACGCCCCUCUCAACAAGUAUAACCGAGAGACGUUCUAUAUCUCGGACCCGGUUGUCGGGUACACGGACUAUCCGUUUCUUGAAACCACUGCUUGAUCAUAUGAUCAUAUAGGAGUAAAUUCUAUAAAUGAUCCCUAAUUACAGCUGGUUUUUCAUAUUUAGUAUCCAAUUCUAAGAUAUUCCAUAAAUGAUCUUCAAUUUUUGAAAAUUAUUCAAAAAAUAGUGUUUUAGGUCAAAUAUGACAAAAUAUUUUUUCCAUAUAUAGUCAUUGAAGGACUGAUUAUGAAGUAGGUUUUUAAAAAUUGAAGAUCAUUUAUCUAAUAUCUUAGAAUUGAGAACUAAAUAUAAAAAAUCAUUUGUAAGUAGAGACUAUUUAUGAAAUUUAUUCAUCAUCAUAUAGUGUUCAAUGCCUUGGCCUCCAUUAGGAGUUCAAAGGUUUCAAUCUCAGGACAUCUGUGUUGUUGUAUUGUUCGGAUUUGUUUUUGUUAAAAAAAAAUAAAUGUUUGUGGUCUGG